CGGGUGGGGGAGACUAACCCGCUCGUCCCGCUCGUCCGCUCGUCGGAGGGCACCUCAGCAGGGAUGGACGACGCGUGGGUCUCCGUGGCGGCGCUGGCAGCCGCGGUGCUCCUCAGCGAGCUGGUCCGCCGCGCCGCCGCUCGCUGCCUCCGCGGAGCCGCCGGGACCGUGGCGCUGGAGCUGGCGUCCACCUUCCAGCUGUGCUGCUGCACGCACGAACUCAAGCUGCUCGGGGACGCCGCGCGGCUGGAGCCGGCGUACGGCCUGACGCUGGGCUACUUCGUCACGGUCGUCCACUUGCUCUCCUUCCGCGGAGCGUCGUGUAAUCCCUGCGGCGUCGCGGAGCGCGUUUGCCGGGGGAGCUGCCGGGCCGGCGCGGCCGUCGCCUCGGUCGCCGGCCAGUUCGGCGCCGCGCUGUCGGCGCGUUACGCAGCCGCGGCAGCGUGGUCCCUGGGUCUGGCCGAGCACCACGUUCGCCAGCGACGCUUCGGCUUCAGGUGCUUCGACCCGCUCGGCGGAACCGUGCUGGAGGCCGCCGCCGUGGAGCUGGGCUGCGCUUUCGUGGUGCAGGCGGCGGCUCUUCAUAUCCACAAGGUGGACCACAAACUCCGGGUCCACGUCCUCGCCGCGGUCAUUACGGCGCUGGUGUACGCAGGUGGAAGCAUCUCGGGAGCCGUGUUUAACCCCGUGCUGGCCUUCUCCGUCAACUUCCCCUGCAGCGGCCACACCUACCUGGAGUACUGCUUCAUUUACUGGCUGGGACCUGCCUUGGGUGUCACCAGCUGCAUCCUGCUCUUCGAGAAGAUCCUCCCGUUCCUCUCCGGGACAAACAUGGCGGGUCGAGACAUCAAAGCUGCGCACGAGCAGAAAGCUCAUUAGUCUAAUGUUAGCACUUUGUUGUGCAAAAGGUUUGAACAGCACAUUCAAAUACACAACCGUGUAUUUUAGCUACGGGGGAAUCAGAG